CAUUUUUUCUCUUUCUCAGUGCCUCCCAUUCUUUGGUGUCUUAGAUCCUCCAAAAUUUCGUCUGACAUUUUCUUUUAUAUAAUUUUUUUUUUUUUUUUUUAGGGAUUUUUCGUUGGGAUGUGGGUUUGAGGAAAGUGCACUGUUCUCAAGUAUUUGUGAUUUAGAUUCAUGGCAUCGCUUUUGAUUGCAUAUUUUUUUGGGGGAUUUUGAUGAUUUGGCCAUUUUUGUGGAGCUUGAAGAGGCAGUGAGGUUCGUUUGUGGUUACUGAUGAUGACGGCGGCGAUGGUGAAGAAGAAGAAGAAGGAGGCCUUUCUUCAGACCAACCAAGGGGUUCAGAUGAAGGAACAAAAGAAUGCCCCCGUUCGCCAUUUUUGCCGCUGCUUCUGAUUGUUAGUGAGAAGAAAAAGAUUGUGGAAGAAAGAGAAAGGAUUUUGGGUAAAUUUUGUUCUCUCUUUGAGAUUGAUUUGUUCUUUUGAGGGUUUUGGAAAAUGCCGAUGUACCAGCCGGAGCUGGGUGUGGGUGGUGGUGGGCAAGUUCUUGAUGUAGAAACCGCCGUGAAAGAUGGUAUUCUCGGCGGCGGUGGGUUCAUCUGCGAGGGUGGAACGGCGGAGAAAUUGGAUCUGAAGGAGAUGGUGGAGGAGCUUGAGAACAUAGAGGUUCCUUCGGUUUUUAUCUGCCCAAUUUCAUUGGAGCCAAUGCGAGAUCCUGUAACGCUUUGUACAGGACAGACCUACGAACGUUCCAACAUCAUGAAAUGGUUUUCUCUCGGCCAUAUCACAUGCCCCACCACAAUGCAAGAGCUUUGGGAUGAUUCAAUUACUCCCAAUAACACUCUUCACCAACUCAUUAACAGCUGGUUUUCCCAAAAGUAUUUGGCCAUGAAGAAGAGGUCAGAGGAUGUGCAGGGGAGGGCUCUCGAGCUCUUAGACACAUUGAAAAAGGUCAAGGGCCAAGCCAGAGUCCGAGCUUUGAAGGAGCUUCGCCAUGUCGUGGCUUUGAAUUCUUCGACCAAGAACACCGUGGAAGACAAUGGCGGUCUUGCUUUGAUUUCUUCUCUCUUGGGUCCUUUCACAUCCCACGCGGUUGGAUCCGAAGCCAUUGGGAUUUUAGUGAACUUGGAUCUCGAUGCCGAGUCAAGGAGAAACCUCGUCCAACCCGCCAAGAUUUCGUUAAUAGUGGACAUGUUAAACGAGGGAUCCACAGACACCAAAAUCAACUGCACCAGAUUGAUUCAAACGCUCCUCGAUGGGGACGAUUGUGGAGCGGACACUGUCUCAGGUCUAAGCCUCGUGGUUGGAUUGUUAAGAUUAAUCAAAGAAAAACAACACCCAAAUGGCGUUCUUGCUGGAUUAAGAUUGCUAAAAGCUCUGUGCUCCCAAGAACAAGUCAAGAAUUCUGUAGUGAGCAUUGGGGCAAUCCCACAGUUGGUUGAAAUUCUACCAAAUUUCAGCCCCGAAUCUUUGGAGCUAGCCCUUCACGUAUUGGAUUCAGUUUCAUCCCUCUCAGACGGCAGGGUGGCCUUGAAAGAUUGCCCCAAAACCAUUCCAAAUUUGGUGAAGUUGUUAAUGAGAGUGUCGGAGAGCUGCACUCAGCUGGCGUUAUCAAUCUUAUGGGCGGUCUGUAAACUCGCCCCUGAAGAAUGUGCAUCGCAAGCUGUGGAAGCAGGCUUAGCCGCCAAACUUCUUCUGGUGAUUCAGAGCGGUUGCAAUCCCGUUCUGAAACAACGCUCCGCCGAGCUUCUGAAGCUCUGCAGCUUGAAUUACACAGCAACCCUCUUCAUAUCCAAGUGUAAGCUUACAAGAACAAUACAAUAAGGAAGAAGAAACAAAAACCCCAGCCAAAUUAGAACACACCUUAAAUUCUUCUUCUUCUUCCAUCUGGGAAUGAAUCAAUCAAGUGGGGGGGUGAGUGUUCGAAUCUCGCCGUUGUAAAUUUUGUAGAGCUUUUUGUUUGCUAUCAAAUCAAAUCAAAUCUUGUAUGAGUUUUUGGUGUUUGUUACAA